CACAAUGAGUUUAUUCUAUGCUUUUUUUUUUAAACCCAUUAGAGACAGUGUACAACACUGAAUAGUUGAAAUACUAAAUGAUUGCUCCAGGGAGUGACUGAUUCCAUAACUGUGUUAUGCCUGUACGUGUCAGUCAGCAUACUCUUAUGACAGUGACUAAUUAUUUAGAAAUAGCUGAAUUGUUGCUUCACUCCCUAAGCGGAGAUACCUUAGGCCAUAUACACUGGUGGCCACCACCAUCCCUACCCCCAUAUCAGAAAGCAUGUGAAUGGCUCUCAGUGCACAAAGCUGAUGCCAGGUAUUUGCAGCAUUGCUGGGUUUAAUUUUAGGAGGCACUCGUGUCAGACUGUCCUCCGCUUUUUGCUAGAGGCUUCUAUGGACUCCGUCAGCUGUUGCGGUUGUUGGCUCCUACACAACCCUUCAGUUUCCAGUAAACAGCACCACAGAGUCAAACUAAAAAGACUCAGGCCAAACGACAAUUAACAGAUAAACAGGGAGAAAAAAAAUACCUUUGUUCUCAUAAGCUAGGAAUAUUGGAUAUAAAUAACUGUUAGGUUAAAUGGGAGUGAAAUGAUUUAAUGGAUGAUUAAAUUAAGCUGUUAGGAUGGUAUUACAUUCCUCCAAAAGACGUCUUCCCCGACCUGUAUUUACAAGUAUUUGUGUAUAUAGAAGUGUGCCGCCUCUGUGAUCACCUUUGAGCAGGUAGUGGCUGAGUUGAUACAUCACGUUUGCUCCUGCGAGCGCAAACAUUUGUCUCUCGAUCUCACACGCUCCUCCCCCGCGGAGCUCGAGGCGGCCAAUCGGCGGCCGUGCGACUGUUCGGACCCCCUUUCCCAUACGGACUGCAGAGUUAAACUCUCGCUGGAGCUCUGAAACUAAGAUCUUUAUUCUCUCUGCGCGGCGACCGGACACCUGAUCGCGCUCGGAUGGAGGGGUGAAACCCGAUCUUCCGAAUGUACUGCUGCCCACGAAACCCGGAGGAGUGACUCACCAUCAAGGACACGUGAAAAAAAAAACAUGUCUUCUUCCUCGAGUGAGGUGAUUGGCGCCGAUGAGAUCAAGAGGGAGAGCUCGAGGGCACUGGAGACUCGGGGGAGUGUCAAGCUGGCCGCGCUCGAUCCGGCCGGGUUGCCCAUGGAGAACUCUGGCUCGGCGGCGGUGGCAGUUGAAUGCGCACCGGCCUCUCUCGCGUUCUCACCGGAACAAGUGGCGUGUGUGUGCGAGGCACUGCUGCAGGGCGGCAAUGUGGAGCGCCUGGCCCGCUUCUUAUGGUCGCUACCGCAGAGUGAGCUGCUGCGCGGCAACGAGAGCAUCCUUAAGGCGCAGGCCAUAGUCGCGUUCCAUCAGGCGCGCUACCAGGAGCUCUACUGCAUCUUAGAGAACCACAACUUCAGCCCGUGCAACCACUCGUCCCUGCAGGACAUGUGGUACAAGGCGCGCUACACCGAGGCAGAGAAGGCACGCGGCAGGCCGCUGGGCGCCGUGGACAAAUACCGACUGCGCAGGAAGUAUCCGCUGCCGCGCACCAUCUGGGACGGCGAAGAGACCGUGUACUGCUUCAAGGAGAGGUCGAGGAACGCGCUCAAGGACAUGUACAAGCGCAACCGUUACCCGUCGCCGGCGGAGAAGCGGAACCUCGCCAAAAUCACUGGACUUUCUUUGACGCAGGUCAGCAACUGGUUCAAAAACAGGAGACAGCGGGACCGGAACCCAUCAGAAGCGCAGUCCAAAAGUGAAUCAGAUGGCAAUCAUAGCACAGAAGAUGAGUCAAGUAAGGGACAGGAAGAGCUUUCUCCUCGUCCUCUCUCUAGCGGCUCUGCUGGUUCAGUUGCCCUUGGCACUAGCCCUGCUGUAGCAUACUCCGAUGGUGCCACCACUGUCAUCCAGCAGAUCGGGGAUGCCAAAAUGUCUCCACUUGCCGCAGGAAUGGGUUUCAAUGGCGACCUGACAAACACCAACUCCCACUAUCUUAAUGGUGGAGCAUAUGUUCAAUCACAUGGCAGCAACAGUCUCCUGAAUGGACUUGGAACCACAAGUGGUCACUUCUUGACCUUCGAUCCCCAGAGGGUCUCCCAUGCCCAAGAGAGGCUACUGGGUGGCUCCUCUGUGUCUUAUGCCUCUUAUUCAAUGGGGGCUCCAGAAACCACAGUUGGAAAACUAGAGGGUAUGCAGCCUCUGGCGUCACAUUCAGAACAUGGAGCAGUGCCUUCAGUCGUCACCUUUGCCACCACGUCCUCUUCCUCCUCUCCCUCUGGAGCUCCUCAUCUCAGCAGCUACAGCAUGGUCAACCUUCCUGGGGUUGAGAACAACCUGGGUCUUCCGCCUUUACUGCUACCGCCAUCUUCUACAGCACCCUCUCACGCAGGCUCAGCUCCACUGGACGGGGUGGUCAGCAACUCGUCCCAGCACUCAGGCCAACCCCUGCUCUACACGCUCAACCAGGCUGUCAAGCAGGAGCCUUUGGACAUUGGGGUGGCCUACACAUAUCCCUCCAGUGUUCCCCUAGACCAAAGCAGCAACUUGGGCUACACGGCAUCCCUCUUUCUCUCCACCAACCUCAGCCACUCACCCAACAACGGAGGCCCCCUGGCCCCUGCAGCCACAGCUGCUAUCACCUCUGUGCUCUCCAGCACAGAGGGUCACUCCGGUCUGACUCACAAUGCCCGCGGCCUCCAGGAAACUGGGGGAGCUCUGCCCUCAGACUACAGGGCACAGGAAGCACAGCUGCCCUUGUCUGACAAUCUUGAGACCCCUGCAGGUACUGGUGAGGGCCCUCCUGGAGUGUGUGGUGAUCUGGACAUGGAGGGAAAAGAGCUGGCCAAGCUGCAGACUGUUCAGAUGGACGAGGACAGCAGUGACCUCUGACCCCUGUAAUCACAACAACUGAAGAGCUGUAUUUCAUUAGCUGUUGAUUUUCUUGCACUGCAGCAUAACUAUAAAAGUCUCCUAAGCACACAUCAAUCUUUUUAUACUUUGUCGCUUUUACGAUAAUGUAUGCAAGAUGUGUGCAAAUAGGUGGAACACAUGAACAGUGCCUUUGUAUCCCUAAAUAAAUGUAGCCUCAUGUCCUGACUUGCACUCGGAUGGCUGCAGAAUGUACUUGUUGAUGCACUGACCCUGAACAAGAUGUCUCAGGCCUGUCUUUUCUCUCCUAUUUGCAGUAAUGGAGAUUUUAAUUCAGAGAGAGAUGGAGAGUGAUAGAGCAUGGUGGACUGAGAGAGAGAAAGAGAGAGAGAGAGAGAGAAAGAGAGUAUAAAAUAGCAGAUGUGUUUGGUGAGUCUUGCAAAUGUUUCUGCACUAUCAUUGCAGCUUCAUAUUGAUUCUUUAUUUUACUCUCCAAAAUUUUAUCGAAGCACAGAUGUUUAAUUUUUUGUUGACGUUUGGUUUUUGUAUUUAAUUUUUUGAAGCUUGAAAUGGCAAUGUGAACAACGUUUUUGUUAUAUUUUGCUUUUUAAGCAAUUUAAGUUCAGCAAGGACUUAACCACAGGUGAGAAAUCUUUGUCCUUGAUAUGAGAAUACUGUAUUAUUGGGCAUUCAGCAACUGGUCUCAUGUACCUUCCUUAAAGAAAUGAAAUCUUUACAGUAGUAAAUGGUUUCAGUUGUAAGAAAAA